ACAGGAGAAGUUUGGGCGCCGGAGCUGCUCCAGGCUCUGCUGCAGGCAGGAUCCCCGACUUUGCAAUUCAGCCGCUUGCGGCCCCCAGCUCCCCGUGCUGCCUUGCUGCCCUGACACUGCUGACACUACACACCGGUCUCCGGCGGCCUGGCAGCCUCGAGCCGACCGGGAAACCUUGCUCCUGCGCGGAGCCUUCAAGCGAUCGCCGUGAGGGCGCGGCGGGCCGAGCCGGAGAGACCGUGGGAAGAACCGGGCUGGCACCAGUCGCGCAUCGCGGGUGCGAGGACGCCGCCAUUCCGAGGAAACCCGGCCCCGCCAGCUGACGGGCGGCCGCUUACGAAGCUCGGCGCCUCCUCCCGUCCGGCUGGGAUGCUGUAGGCGGGCAGGGCCCGACCGGUCAAGAGCCAGAGGCGGCCAGACCGGGGACAGUGCGGAAGGAACUAGCCCGAAGGGGGCGCCGCCGCCGCCAUCUUGUUUGUAGUCUCGGCCGCCGGCCACCGGCGCAGGCGCGCCGCGCCCCGCAUGCCACGGCGCCGGAGCUGCUGAGGUACCUGCCGCCCAGAAUCACUGUCUGAGGAUUAGUUGCCUCCACUCACAGCACCAUGGACGAGCUGCAGGAUGUUCAGCUGACAGAGAUCAAACCACUCCUCAACGAUAAGAAUGCAACUCGCAACUUCCAGGACUUCGACUGUCAGGAACAUGACAUUGAGACAGCUUUCGGAGUGGUCCAUGUCACCAUGCGGGGCACACCCAAGGGGAACAGACCUGUCAUCCUCACAUACCAUGACAUUGGCCUCAACCACAAAUCCUGUUUCAAUGCGUUCUUUAACUUUGAGGAUAUGCAGGAGAUCACUCAGCACUUUGCUGUGUGCCACGUGGAUGCACCCGGCCAGCAGGAAGGAGCUCCCCCAUUUCCCUCCGGGUACCAGUAUCCCAGUAUGGAUGAACUGGCUGAAAUGCUGCCUGCUGUUCUGACACACCUGAACCUGAAGAGCUUCAUUGGGAUUGGACUGGGAGCUGGUGCUUACGUCCUCAGCAGGUGUGCACUCAGCCAUCCUGACCUGGUGGAAGGACUCGUCCUCAUUAACGUUGACCCAUGUGCCAAGGGCUGGAUUGACUGGGCAGCAUCCAAGUUUUCAGGCUGGACAACCAACAUAGUGGACAUUGUCCUGGCACAUCACUUUGGCCAUGAGGAGCUGCAAGCAAACCUAGACCUGAUCCAAACAUACAGGCUGCACAUCGCACAGGACAUCAACCAGGACAACCUGCAGCUCUUCCUCACCUCAUACAACAGCCGUAGAGACCUGGAAAUUGAGAGACCAGUGCUUGGCAUCAAUGAAAACACUGCAAAAACACUCAAGUGCCCUGUCUUGCUAGUGGUUGGAGACAACUCCCCUGCCGUGGAAGCAGUGGUUGAAUGCAAUUCACGUCUUGACCCAACCAAAACCACCCUGCUGAAGAUGGCUGACUGCGGGGGCCUGCCGCAGGUGGUUCAGCCUGGCAAGCUGACCGAAGCCUUCAAGUACUUUGUGCAAGGAAUGGGCUACAUCCCUUACGUGCAGCUCAGACACUUGAGCACUGAGCCAGUGCCCGCAGCCACGAUGACCAGGCUGAUGCGCUCCCGCACCCACUCCUCCUCCAGCGUGGGCUCCGGCGAGAGCAUCCGCAGCCGGUCCCACACCAGCAACCAUGGUGAGGGAAGUGCUGGGACCCCAGAAGGAAUCGACCUCCAGGAUGCAUCUCAAACCAUGGAAGUAUCCUGUUAGGCCAGGAGCUCCUCUUCUGGAUUCACCCUUACCAAACCCACUCAGAAUCUAGCAUUUCAUCCAACAUGGCAUUAACUGUUCUCUAACUUGUGCAUGCCCAUCUGAGCAGCCACCUCCUUGGUAGUCUGUACUUGGCACUACUUUGGUCCUUCCUGUAUGCCCUCGGCAAAAGAGCCUCUUCAAAACCCAUUAACAUUCCGUGGUCUUAGUAAGUCAUGUUCCUAUACCCCUGUCUGUGCUGUAUAUCGCCCCAGAUGACAGCCAUUGUCUCUCCUCUUCAUUUAAUAUUAUUUCUGUGGCUUUGUGAGGUUUAGAAUUGCUUUCUAGAUGUGCUUCUGCUAAAGGACCCUUGUGGUGCAGUUGGUGUGGCAUCUGGUGUGACCAUGGUGAUGUGAAACUCUGGGUGCUGGAGCGGGCACCGCUCCUUGGCAGAGCUGUGCCUGGAGCAUAGAACACACCAGAAGGUCUCUGUGUUCCCAGGAUGCUUGGCAUGCCAGGCAGCCAUGGGGACAGCAGCUGGUCAGAAAUACUGUCUUGGUCUCAUCUCUGUCUGUGUGUUAGGAAGGAGCAGCGAGCUUUCUUACCCGAGCCUCCACAGGGCGAAGCAUUUAACAAGGACACUUAGGCUGAGGUGUACUGGUAACCAAGUACUGCAGCAGCCCUGGCUCCCACACCACCUCUGCCGACUCUCUGCCUUGCUGCAGAAGGGCCAGAUGCAGUUACCAUCUAGGUGCUGUUCACCAUGGCACAGAUGAAUCUUUAUUGUCAAGCAGGUUGUGAAAUGGACAGCAGUGCCUCUUGCCAGCUGGAGAUCCAGAAACCUCCUGUGCUGCCAGCUCUGCUUCCCACUGCUGCCAGCCCCAGGCAGGGUGUGUCUGCACAGGGUGCUUCUGGAGGCCCAGUAAGUACCAGCGAGUAUAAAGGGUGGCAGCAGACACGUGAGCCAGGACAGAAGUGUGAGCAGCUGUGCAGGCACCGUUUACUGUCAGUGGAAUUCACAGCUCUGCUGGCUUGUUGUGUCUGGCAGAGUCACAGAGGGCAGGGGGCAAGAGCCUCCUGCGUGCCAGGGUCUAGCUGUUGUUAAUGGGAGGAAAGGGAGAGUGGGCAGGCCACUGCAGGGCUCCAUGGAUGAGCAAAACAUCCUCUUUUAACUGCUGAGCAGUCCUGACUCAUUGGGAGCCAGCUCCUCUGAGGGUCAUGCUCAUGUUCUGCUCCAUUUCAGAUAGGGAAUGAGACUGGGAGGCUCUGCCUGAGGGGGACUUUGUACCAGAUAUUAAAUAAAGCUGUAACUGAGUUUCA